AUGAGUAGCUGGAACGAGUUGGGAGUUGUAGAUACCAUAUAUGAAGAAGAAUAUGAACAUUCUUCUUCUUCCUCCCCAUCUCUCCCUCCAUCUCUUUAUUCUUCUCCUCCAACACCUCUUCACUCUAGAGUAGAGUCAUGGUCACUGGCGACAAGGCAAAAAACAGAUGUCAAGAUAUAUGUCAUGGGAACUUGUUUCCAUCUGCACAAGGAUCCGCUGACAUCAAGGAGCUCAUAUUUAAAACGUCAACUAGCAGAACUCUCCGAGAUAACUCUGCCUUUAAACAUAACGGCCCAAACAUUUGCUAUCGUUGCAGACUUCUGUUACGGUACUCACGUUGUCAUAACGCCCUUCAACGUUGCUCCGUUACGAAUAGCAGCUGAGUUACUUGGCAUGACGGAGACGAACGGGAAACGUGACGAGAACUUGAAGCAGAUAACGGAAACGUAUUUCCGUCGGAUCAUCACCGUUAACAGGGAGUUAGUGAGGGUCGUUUUCUGCUCCUGUUUGCGUUUGCUUCCAGAGGCUGAAACGACAGCGUUUUUGGUUAGUAGGUGUGUAGAGGCGUUAAAUUCGACGGGAGAGAGCGAGGAAAUGCUGGAUGGUUGUGUUGACGACGUUAUAAAUUUAGCUGCCGAGGAUUUUCAAAUGGUUGGCGAGUCUAUGCAAUGUAGGUUAGAUAGCCAUGACGUGCUGUAUAGGAUUGUGGACCUUUAUAUCAAGGAACGCAGUAGCAUGAUAACAGAAGAGCAGAAGAUUGAAAUCUGCAAUCUUGUAGACUGUGACAAGCUCUCAACUCAAUGCCUCGUACAUGCAGUGCAAAACCCUAGACUACCUUUGAGAUUCAUAGUCCGAGCCAUGUUGAUCGAGCAGCUAAAUACUCGCCGCACACUCUUGAGAACCACCCCCACCACCACCAACCACCAAUAUGCAUGCGGUCAUCAAACUGGAGGCUCUGUGAGUUUAGGUUCAAUCCUCUACCGGGAUGCAGCAGUACGAGAAGCAGCUCAACUCAAGGCAGAAAUGGACACUACAAACUCACGUAUUGAGAGCUUGGAGAAAGAAUUAGCUCGCAUGAAGAAGCUUUUGCAAAAGUCUGAAAAGGAAAGAAUUUCAAUGGAGAAGAAGCUUCUGCAGAAGUCAGAGGUGGAAACAAGGGCAAUGGAGAAGGUAAAGGUUUCGCAUAAAUCUGAAAAGCUUUUGCUCGAAUCUGAAGGGGAAAUUAAAAGCGGUUUGGGGUCAAGAUUAGAGGAAAUUCUGCACGAGUCUGAAAUGGAAGAAAGAAGUAUAGUAAAGUCAUCAGCUAGGUCUGCGAGUUUUCAUCAUGAAGGGAGGGAGGCUAAUAAGAUAGAAAAAGGUGAAAGAGGUUCUGCUUCUUUUGCUGGGUUUCGGUUGCAUUUUGGGGGAGAAAGAACGGAAAAGUCUUCACUUCCUAAGUUUGCAGGUAAUAAUAAUGGUCAAGGAUUGAUUAAUAGAUUAAAAGGCACGUUAUGGAUGUCAAAAACUGCUUCAAGAUGCAACUCUCAGAGUAAAUCUACAAAGAAAAAGAAUGGAAAUGGGGACAGAUCAAAUGGAGAUGAAGACAUUGGUGUGACCUAUGCUCCUUCAGAUCACAAGAGAAGUCGCUCUCUAGGGUAG